GAAAAAAUAAAAAAAAAUUCAAAUCGAAACCUAAUUAUUGAGUUCGAAACGGCUAUUUUUUUGGUCCCCAACUCCUCUUAUUACUUCCUCUCCCGCUUCGCUCCUUGUUUUCUUCGUCGCCCUUCUCCUCUCUCUCUCUCUCUCUCGUUCUCGAGCUCAAGCUUCGUGCUAGAGUUAGAGUUAGGGUUAGGGUUGGAGCGAGGGUUUUGCUCCAUCCUUGCGUCGUGUGGAGCUCCCUAUCCCUAGGGUUUGGGGUUCUGGAGUCGAAUUCGAUCCCGAUUUCACGCGGUUUGGAGUGGAGGAGCGAUGAGGAGGCGAUCGAUCCAAAUCCUCCUUUCGUUGGCGCUACUCUACGUCGCCUUCCUCUUCCUCUGCGAGUUCCCCUUCGUCACCCGCCAAUUUUCCGGCGCCGGCGCUGCCGCCGGAACCUCCGCCGCCAUGCUCCGGCCGCGGCCGCUCGACAGCGAGGAGGAGAUAGAAGCGAAAUCCGCUCCCGUCCGCCCCUUCAAAAGCCCGUACAGACUCCCGGAGCACUCCACGGCUCCCUCCCACCGCCCUGCGCGGCGCCGCUCUCCGAUCGUCUCCGGAUUGGUGUUCCGGGCGGGCAACGCCCCCGGCAGCGCCGCUGUAUCGGAGCUGCAUAGGUCGGCCAGGGACGCGUGGGUGGCCGGGAGGAAGCUCUUCGAGGGUAUGCGAGCCUCUCCGCCGCUCGCGUCUCCGGCCCCGGAGGCGGAUCGGACGCUCGAGAGCUGCCCCAGCUCGAUCACGCUCUCCGGCGCGGGUUUCGGCGAUCGGAGGAACGUGAUGGUGCUCCCCUGUGGUCUCACCUUGGGUUCCCACAUAACGGUGGUGGCGACUCCGCGCCGAGCCCAUGCCGACCGCGACCCAAAGAUCUCAGCUUUGAAGGAAGGGGAGCAAGCCGUGAUGAUUUCACAGUUCAUGAUGGAGCUCCAGGGGCUCAAGACGGUGGACGGCGAGGCCCCGCCGCGAAUUCUACACUUCAAUCCCAGGUUGAAGGGCGAUUGGAGCGGCAAGCCGGUGAUCGAGCAGAACACUUGCUACCGGAUGCAGUGGGGAACGCCAUUCCGCUGUGACGGAUGGAAAUCUAGGGCUGAUGAGGAGACAGUUGAUGGGCAAGUCAAGUGUGAAAAGUGGAUUAGGGAUGAUGAUGAUGAUGAGCAUUCGAAGGAGUCCAAGAUGAGUUGGUGGUUAAACCGAUUGAUCGGUCGGACGAAGAGUGUUUCGAUUGAUUGGCCUUACCCUUUUGUAGAGAACAAGUUGUUUGUUCUAACUCUCAGUGCUGGCUUGGAAGGUUAUCAUAUCAAUGUUGAUGGACGGCACGUGUCUUCUUUCCCUUAUCGCAUCGGAUUUGUUCUAGAAGAUGCUACUGGUCUGUCAUUGAGUGGGGACCUCGAUAUCCAGUCAAUUAUCGCGGCUUCGUUGCCCACUUCACAUCCGAGCUUUGCCCCACAGAGGCAUCUCGAAAUGUCGGAUCAGUGGAAGGCCCCACCAUUGCCUGACGAACCUGUUGAACUUUUCAUCGGCAUCCUCUCAGCCGCCAACCAUUUUGCAGAGCGUAUGGCAGUGAGGAAGUCGUGGAUGUCUGCUGUGAGGAAGUCGCCAAACGUUGUAACUCGGUUUUUUGUUGCCCUGAAUGGAAGAAAGGAAGUCAACUUGGAGUUGAAAAAGGAGGCAGAAUUCUUCGGUGAUAUCGUUAUAGUUCCUUUCAUGGAUAGUUAUGAUCUUGUAGUAUUGAAGACUGUUGCCAUUUGCGAGUACGGGGUCAAGGUAGUUUCAGCCAAGCAUAUAAUGAAGUGUGACGAUGAUACUUUUGUCAGAAUUGAUUCAGUAUUGAAGGAAGUGAAGAAAGUCCCAAGUGACAGGAGCUUGUAUGUUGGGAACAUUAAUUACUAUCACAAGCCCUUGAGAUCUGGAAAAUGGGCUGUUACAUAUGAGGAGUGGCCAGAGGAAGAUUAUCCACCUUAUGCUAAUGGCCCUGGCUAUGUUGUAUCAUCUGAUAUUGCAAACUAUGUUGUCUCCGAGUUUGUAAACCAGAAACUAAGGCUAUUCAAAAUGGAAGAUGUUAGUAUGGGAAUGUGGGUCGAGAAGUUCAACAUUUCACAACCUGUUGAGUAUAUCCACAGCUUCAAGUUUUGCCAGUUUGGAUGCAUAGAUGGUUACUACACUGCCCACUACCAAUCCCCGCGGCAAAUGAUAUGCAUGUGGGACAAAUUACAAGCUGGACAUGCCCAAUGCUGCAACAUGAGGUGAUGCAUCGACAAAAAUUUGCACAGAAUAGAAGCAACUUAAUACCCUAGAGGCUUCAGUCGGUUCGAAAGGCGGCUCUAUUGAUUCGUUCGUUGAUUCUUUCUCUAAGCCAGCUGAGCGAGAGGUAGUAUACAGCAACGAAUAUCAGAGACAGCUUUUGCUGACGCCCCAAUCAACAUGUGGUACAUCUUUUCCUUUCAAUAUUGUUUUAUUCUUUAAAUACUUUGAUAUAGAGGAACUUAGAAGUUGGUUUUGUCAUUGUUGGACUCACCAUACACCUCGUAGGGUAAGCUAUGUAUCCUAGAGGAAUUUCUAGUCGAAGCGGCAUUAUCAGGCUAAUGUAUGUAUUCUGAAAACUAGUAUUCCAUUCUUAUGAACACCAAUCCAUGUACGUGCCAACUAUUGUUUGCAAAUAAUUCAUUGUAUAGUUCUGUGACAAACAUUUUGUAUACCCUUCGUCAAUUCGACUUGAUUGUAGUAAAAGUUAUUCUACCUAAGUUAAUUUUCUUAUUUAA